GUUACAGUUGCCUAACGCUAUAUAAUAACACGUUACUGGUAUUGAUAAAUGUAAGGAAGAACGGAAUACUGGGCUACUGAGUGUUGUUCAGAUAAACAUCAGAGGAGGACUUGAGUAGAAAGAAUAACUAUUUGAACUUUGUUAUUGUUAUUCCAUAGGCAUGUGAAUGUGAAAGUUUAUGUGUAGGUUUAUUGAGAGAUGUCUUUAAAGCCAAGGAAGGUUGAUUUUGAAGCAACAUGGGGAGAGCUGAAGAACACUGUUGAAGGAGUAAUUAUGUUAGGAAAAGUACCACGCGUUGUAUGGAAUGAUAGGUUUACUGAUGUGUAUGCUCUCUGUGUGGCAUUUCCAGAGCCACUGGGUGACAGAUUGUAUCAAGAAACCAAGCAAUUUCUUGAUCAUCAUGUACAUUCUCUGUAUAAGUUAGUUUCAAAUUCUGAAGAAGGGCUUUUGUGUGCAUAUCAUAAACACUGGCUACAAUACAGUCAAGGAGUCAAUUAUCUGAACAAGCUGUACAUGUAUUUAAAUACCCAGCACAUUCGGAAACAGAAGUUUAGUGAUGCUGACUUAAUUUAUGGUUGCUUAGAGCCAGCUGAUCAAAUGCUUGAAAUAGGAGAGCUAGGUCUUGACCUUUGGAAACGUAACAUGAUAGAACCUCUGAAAGACAGUUUGCUCAAUCUCCUCCUUGAAGCUGUCAGAAGUGAUCGUUUAGGAGAUAGCCCUAAUCAGAGAGUUAUUCAUGGAGUUAUUGAUUCGUUUGUCUUAGUUGAAGAGUAUAAAAAGAAAGGAUCAUUACAGCUAUAUCGGGAAAUGUUUGAAACUCCAUUUCUUCAAGCCACUGGUGAAUACUACAGGAAAGAAGCCAGUAUGCUGCUAUGUGAAUCAGAGUGUUCCCAGUAUAUGGUUAAGGUCUUACAGCGAUUAGAUGCUGAGAACUUGAGGAGUCGGAAAUUCCUUCAUCCCAGUUCUUACCCCAGAGUAACAGAGGAGUGUGAGCAGAGAAUGGUUGCAGAUCAUCUCAAGUUUUUACAUGGAGAGUGUGUGAACAUGGUACAGCAAGAGAGAAAAAAAGAUCUGCAAAAUAUGUACACUUUGUUAAAGCCUGUACAUUUAGGUCUUGAUUCUCUUAUCAAACAAGUGCAACAGCAUAUAACAAGGAUUGGGCUGGAUUCUAUUAGUAAUCUACAAGGAGAUAAUGUUCCUCAGACAUUUGUAGAGUCUGUUCUACAGGUUCACAACAAAUAUCAGCGGCUGAUUAAAGAAGUAUUCCAUGGAGACCAACAGUUUAUGGGAGCCUUAGAUAAAGCUUGUGCCACUGUAAUUAAUCAUAGAACUACCUCCAAGCAGCCUUGUCGCACACCAGAAUUUCUGGCAAAAUACUGUGAUUCACUUCUCAAGAAGAGUGCAAAGGGAAUAUCUGAGUCAGAGAUUGAAGAUAAAAUUACUCAGUCCAUUACUGUUUUUAAGUAUAUAGAUGACAAAGACAUUUACCAAAAAUUUUAUUCUAAAAUGCUAGCAAGAAGACUUAUUCAUAGCCAGAGUAUGUCAAUGGAUUUGGAAGAAACAAUGAUUAACAAACUUAAGCAAGCAUGUGGCUAUGAAUUCACAAGCAAACUUCAUAGGAUGUUUACUGAUAUAAGUGUUAGUGGAGACCUCAACAACAAGUUCACAUCCUUCCUGAGAACAGAAAAUAUAGAUCUUGGUAUUAACUUUUCUAUAUUUGUACUUCAGGCUGGAGCUUGGCCAUUAGGACAAAUUGCUAUUUCUGCUUUUGCAAUUCCUCAGCAACUGGAAAGAAGUGUACAAAAGUUUGAAGAGUUCUACAACAGUAAAUUUAGUGGCAGAAAACUUACUUGGUUACAUCACUUAUGUAAUGCUGAAGUGAAAUUGAGUUACUUGAAAAAGCCUUACAUAGUGACUAUGGGUACCUACCAAAUGGCACUCUUAUUGCUGUACGAGUCAGCAGAUACCUUAAGCUACAAAGAACUUCAAGAGAACACCAAAUUAAAUGAUGAGCAACUUGUUAAACACUUGCAGAGCUUAGUAGAUGCUAAACUUAUCAUGACUGCAGAUGAAGCUCCUUUGGAUGCAGAAAGUGUGCUUGUGCUAAAUAAAAAUUAUUCAAAUAAAAGAACUAAGUUUAAAAUAUCAGCAGUGGUACAGAAAGAGUCUACUCAACAAGAAGUUGAACAGACUCACAGUUCUGUAGAUGAAGACAGAAAACUUUAUCUUCAAGCAGCAAUUGUUCGCAUAAUGAAAGCAAGGAAGGUUUUGCAUCACAACACACUUAUACAAGAGGUUAUCAACCAAGCUAAAUCUCGAUUUGUGCCCAGCAUUGCAAUGAUCAAGAAAUGUGUUGAAUCCUUGAUUGACAAACAGUACUUGGAAAGGACCCCUCAUUCUGCUGAUGAAUACAGUUAUGUAGCAUAAUGAAAUAUAUAUAGGGAGUGUUGCUAACUUCAAAAUGACAUACCCUUUGUGUUAAUGGUGUGAGAGCAUCGGAUGAAGCCAGAAGUAAACACAGUGUUAAAACUGUACAAUUUAUGCUGUAAAUAUUAGGAUAUGAUAAAAAAUUACUGUCACAUUUAUAUUAAGAAAUACAUCCAGUAACUUGUACUAAUAGAAAGUGCAAUUGUUACAAGCCAUUUUAAGUUAAUGGAAAGAAAAGUAUUUACCAAAUACUGUAGUUUAUUUCCAGAUUUUGUAACAUUGUUUUUCAACACUUAUGUAUAGACAAAACAACCUGAAUUAUAUUUAAAACAAUGUUUUUUAUUUUAUCUUGUGUAUAAUAAGUUGACAUAUUGUUCACAUGAGUAAUUAAUGGUACUGCUAAUUGAGAGUAGAUAUAGCUUUUUAAAAAGGUUAAAACAUUUAUAGAUUUUCUAUAUAAUAAUAAAAAAUAAUUAUAAUAUUUGUUAGUCGUAAUUAAGUUUCAAGAUCAGUCUCUUUUAGUUAUUUUUUGAAUAUAAUGAGUAUUUUGAUAUAUAAGAGAAAUAUUUGUUAUAAAUCUUAUCAUGUAAUGCUAAUAGCUAAAACAAGCUUUACUUAAUAUUUAUCUACACUUAUAAAAGCUUGUUAAAUUUUGGGUAAUCUCCAUUAUUUACACAAGUUCUUGAAAAUGUAGAUUUUUAAUCUUUUAAGUGGUUAUCCUUAUUAAAGCAUAUUAUAUGUUUGUAGAAAUUCAAAAAAAUAACUCAUGAUUCCUAAGUAUUUUCAAAAUACACAAACAAAAAACCUGCUAUCAGUAUGUAUAUGUGUGUGUGUGUACAUGUGUAUUUGAUA